AUGGAUUCUUUCUUCAUCACCGUCGCAUUACUUGUCGCUGCAUUUCUCUUCGCCUCCAACUUCCGCCGCAAGUCCUCUAACCUUCCCCCUACUCUCUUUCCAACUCUCCCUGUUAUCGGCCACCUCCACCUGUUGAAAAAACCACUCCACAGGACCUUCGCCACAAUCUCCGCCAAACAUGGCCCGAUUCUCCUCCUCCGAUAUGGAUCGCGCCGCGUCCUGUUGGUCUCCUCCCCUUCCGCCGCCGAAGAAUGUUUGACUAAGAACGACGUUAUUUUUGCCAACCGCCCUCGGAUGCUCGCGGGCAAGAUUUUUGGUUCCAACUACACCAGCCUCGGCUGGUCAUCAUACGGCGACCACUGGCGCAACCUUCGCCGGAUCUCCACCAUCGAGAUCUUCUCCUCUCACCGCCUCAACGACUUCCAUGACAUACGCGCCGACGAAGGAAGACUCCUGAUACGUAAACUGAUAUCUCAAUCCUUUUCGCCGGUGAACUUCACGUUGGUAUUCCACGAGUUGAUGCUCAACUUGAUAAUGAGGAUGAUAUCCGGGAAAAGGUAUUGCGGCGGAGAUAUGGAAGAGGAAGGGAAACGGUUUCAGGAGAUAAUUAAAGAGACAGUUCUAUUGGAGGAUACUUCGAAUUUAGGGGAUCAUUUGCCCAUUAUGAAAUGGUUUGGAAUGAAAGGGCUGGAAAAGGAGAUGAUUGCAUUGCAGAAAAAGAGAGAUGCUUUUUUCCAAGGGUUGAUUGAGCAACUUCGAAAGGAGGAAGGUGUUGAACCGGAAAACAAGAAGAAGAACACAAUGAUUGAAGUCCUCUUGCAGCUACAAAAAAAUGACCCUGGGUACUACACCGAUGAACUUAUUAAAAGCUUUUGCGUUAACCUAUUAACAGCUGGAACUGAUACUUCUGCGUCGACCAUGGGAUGGGCUCUUUCCCUCCUGCUCAACCAUCCUCAUGUUUUAAAGAAGGCCCAGAAUCAAAUCGACAGCCAUGUCGGAAAAACCCGUCUUGUUGAUGAAUCAGACAUGAGCAGCUUACCUUACAUUCGUUGUAUUAUCAACGAGACUUUACGAAUGUACCCUGUAGUGCCACUGCUGGUACCUCACGAGUCAUCGGACGAUUGUAUGGUCGGAGGCUAUGACAUCCCACGGGGGACCAUGCUACUCAUCAACCAAUGGGCCAUGCAUCAUGACCCCAAGCUCUGGAGUGACCCUGAAAGGUUUUACCCAGAAAGGUUCGAAGGCACAAAAGAUGGGUAUAGCUUCAUGCCAUUUGGGUCUGGAAGGAGAAGUUGUCCAGGAGAAGGUUUGGCGAUGCGUAUGGUUGGGUUGACGUUAGGGUUGCUCAUACAGUGUUUUGAUUGGGAAAGGAUUAGUGAAGAGAUGGUUGAUAUGAGUGAAGGCUCUGGGCUCACCAUGCCCAAGGUUCAACCUUUGGUAGCCAAGUGUAGACCACGUCUGAUUACUCAGAAUUUAUUGGGUCUAAACAUGUAAAACCAUGGAAGGGAACAGCUCUGAAGCAUUUAUCAAUUUAAAAUAAAUAUUAAUAAUUAGUGUGAAAUAACAUCUUUUGUACUAUUUAGAUUAUAAAGCGUGGGACACCACAAUCCAUUGAACUCUACAUCAACGCCAC